UAGCGAGGACAUGAAGAGGGACCUGAAAAGCACCGAGGGAGGAUCAGUCACUUUCCCUGACCCUUUGGUGGAGUUUGGUUUUGUUUUAUUUGAAGGAAAUGUUUUUGCUUUAGUGAAAGACAGGAGAUUCGAGGUAUUCGAGGAAAGUUACAAAGACAGACUUCUCUGGAAUAACAAGACUGGACACUUUACAAUCACUGGCCUCCAGAAGAACGACUCUGGGGUUUAUUACAUUGACUCUAAAAAAGGAAAUGUUUUCACUACAUCGUAUAAACUCACAGUGUAUGAAUCGGUACCAACGCCUGCAGUGAGCACAGUGAGUGUGAGCGCUGAUGGCUGCACGCUGCUGUGUUCUGUGAAGAAAGCUGAAGAAGUGACGCUGUCGUGGAUCAAAGACGAGGAAAUACUGAACCAGACGGACUCUGUUUCGUCUUUGCCUCUCACUGUGCAUGAGCAGGAUUUCAGUUUCUUCUAUAGAUGUGUGGCAACUAACCAUGUUGAAACCAAGACUCUUCCAGUCAACAUUACAACGUCCUGCAGUCAAAAAAACAACAUAAACAACAGGGGCAGCAUGGACACAAGACAUUAUGUGAUCGGAGGACUUGUGCCUCUCAUAUUGGUUGCUGUCAUUA